AUGCCAUCCAGUCCAUCUUUCGACCCCCUCUCGGUGUUCCGACAACGUCCCUCUUCCUCCUCUUCCUCCUCGAGAGGGUUUAAACCUCCACCACAGGUAUCUCCCUCUCCGACCCGUACCCAUUCACAUUCCCUUCCCCCUCACUUACACACACAGCCUCGUCGACUUCCUCCACCAUCCACAACCCCUCCUCCCUCAUCUUCAUAUCAACCCAGAGACGAUCCUUUCUCUCGCUCACACCACUUACCACCAUCGUCCACUCUUCAACGUGUCACACCACGACCCCGUCAACCAUCUGCGUCUUCAGCUUCUCCCAGAAUGGCAUAUUCUGGUGGUAGUCCCAAUACACCUAGAACUGCUCAGGAGAUAUAUGAGAAGAGUAGGGAGAAGCAGCCGACUGGAGUGGAUAAAAUAUUGGCUCAUUUGUCAGCAUUGGAUAAGAAGAGUAGUGAAAGGGAUGUGAUGCUCAAUCAGAAAAUCGAUGUCAUGAACAAGGAAAUUUUUGCCUUAAAGACAGACAAUCAAAACCUACGCGAUCAAUUGCACGAGUUGAAAUUAGGGCAAAACUCCCUUGCCACAAGAGAGGAGAUGGUUGAGGAGAUAACCACUCAAUUCACUUCAGUCGUCGGCGAUAACCAAGGGUGUACAGAUAAGAUCACUACCCUUCCCGACGAGAUCGCUUCCCUCUCAGCAUCAAAAAUUAUACCGCAUAUUCCCCAGUUGUUGAACCCUCUUACAUCUGCACCCCAACCUACCUCGGGCAAUGACACUGCUCUGAUCAAUCUCCUUAACCAUGUCACCAAUAAACUCAAUGGAAUCGACAAUCUCAUUGUCUUGCUGGGAUCUUUGCAAGGCCUCCCCGAAGCUAUCACUAGCGUAGCAGUCUUCAAGGACGCCCUUGAUGGACUGACGACCAAAGUGGAAGAAUUCUCUCAGCAUUCUCAGUCGCAACCUUCAGCAGCUCUGCUAGGAAACUCUCUCACAAGACCUCCUCCUACACCUAUUUCACCACCUCCCAAUACCGAGAAACCCGAUCAAAACGAUGAGCGUUUGAAGAAGUGCUACGAGACCCUACUAGGUAUGGAAACAUUAAUGCAAAAGCACACUGCCACCCAAGAGGAAAUCAAGCAAAUUCUGCUCCAGGACAACCGUACUUCGACCAAAAGUAACAAUCCCCUCAAUAGAUCGCUUACUCCGUUCUCGAUCCCGCCUUUCGAAGCAACUCGACCGAAUAGUCUUGAGGAUUUAGCUGAAGCGGCAGUGACUCAAGAGCGACUAGGCACAACGACCACAAUUGCCACUCAGGAUAAUUCUGGUCGAUCAUCCCAACCCCUCAUAUCUCGUAUACCCGCAGUUCCCGAUGCUUUCAACUCCGCUUCGAGGAAUCGCACUUGGACUGUCUCCCCGGAAACUCAAACUGAUCCGUUCGACUUACCCUUUCCCGCUUCGCAGGAUCUCUCGCAAAAUCAAGAUAUUAUCACGUCAACUCCUCGAGCCACCCGCGGAACAACUACGGCAUCCGGACCCUCUCCUGUCAUGCCUCUUGCAUCAACAAUGUCCUCAGCCGCCGACGAUACACCUCAAGCGUCAAAGAAAGGAUCUACUCCCUCGUCUUCUUCUAGACCUACGAAAAAGGCCAAGCUUUCCCCCGACCCUUCCGAUCGACCUAUCACCCGGUUGAUGUCGAACAAGGUGCGGGAACCAAUUCGAUGGAGUCCUUCAUCGCAUAUGCCCUUGACCUCGAAAAACAAGACACCUCCGAUAAACCGAAAAAGCUCUUCGCGAACCACUCUUCGUGAUCAAUCCUUGCAAGAGGUCAUAGAGAUCUCGAGCGGAUCUUCUUCCUCACCACCUGAUCCAAAAUCAAACUCUCGUCUUAAAAAGUCAAGAAAUCCGACACCAAAUACUCGAGAUAUCUCAGGAUCCGCCCUGUUCUCCGAAACCCUGACCAGCGAGAAGGACAAUGAGAAUUCUCUCAACUCUGGCGUCGAGAGUGUUCCUUCUGGAAAUUCCUCAGGAGGUCCACCUCGACCUGUCCCUAUGUAUGGUUCAUCCGCCGCAGGUAAACCCGUCAAAUUCCAACCGCGUCAAUCUGGUAUUCGAGCACAAGCCCGAGCGAUGGAGCAAGAGAUGAACAAGAGAAGGAUGACUGGUUUUCCAACUUUAGGUUCUUCAAUCAAUGACAUGAGGUCGGGCGGAGAUAUGAAGGGGAAGAGAAAAAUGGAUUGCCAUUUCGAUGAUAGCUUUUGA